UGCGGUUUCGAAAAUAAAUUGACACGUGAUCAAAGGUCAAUAUGAUAAUCCUCUUAUCCAUGGUGACUUAGACCGCCAAGAACGUCUCUCUCGACAGCCUGAAGCCGCAUUCGGUUACUGCUAUCAUGGCGUCCGCACUGACACUCAUUGUACUCGGCACCGUUAAUUUUUACGGCGCAGUGCCCAACAAUCAAUCAUCAGUUGUCCCCGGACUAAACUUGACAUCAACCACCAACAUUGAGGAGCUGAUCUCGCUUUACGCUAGGCGUAAAAAUUACAUUAAUUAUUGCAGAUACACACCUGGCAUCGGUGCUCACAAGCUGCACACCGCAACAUCCUCUUGGAAUAUGGCUCGGCAUAAUUGUCAAGAUGAAGGUGGUCACUUGGCAGUCAUUAACUCCGCGGACGAGGCUCAAAUCAUCGGUCAUCUCGUCGAUACAGCAAACUUAGAUAUGAUUUGGAUCGGUGCCCAUGACUUGUUUAACACUGGUGAAUUCGUCACCGUGCAGGGUGAAUCGAUAUUCAAAGCAGGAUACAACAGUUGGGAGAGAGGAGAGCCAAACAAUGCGGAGAACGUAGAACAUUGUGUAACGAUUAAAAGAAGCGGGAGGCUAAACGAUAGGAAUUGUAGAGACACCCUCAGCUACAUAUGUGAGCUAAAUUACCUCCAGAUCUACGGACAGAAAUGAUCUGUUCAUGCGGCAACUGCCCUAACUUUCAGUUAUUAAGUUUCAUAACUAUU